GACACAACAACCAUGUGACUUAUACAAAUCUGGGUGGGGAUUGUAAUUCACCAGCUGAUCUUUGGCUCUGCUACUCAAGCAACAGCAGAAGACACAAUACCAAAAUGCUAAGUGCACGCAGCGUCCUGGUGACGGGGUCCAACCGAGGCAUUGGCUUGGAGCUGGUCCGGCAGCUGGUGGGAAAAAGCAAAGGGCCAGAAUGGGUCUUUGCCACCUGCCGGGACCCAGAGGGACCACGUGCCCAGGAAUUGAAGAACCUGGCUGCCAAAUAUCAAAGUGUCAAAAUCCUCCAAAUGGAUACUAAUGAUCCAUCCAGCAUCAAGAACACUGCCACCAAAGUAACUGAAAAGCUGCAAGGAAAUGGGCUCAAUCUCCUCAUCAACAACGCUGCCAUUGUAAGGGUAGGCACCCUCGAAUCUGAGACAGCAGAAGACAUGUCUGAAGUGUACAAAACCAACGUGAUAGGGUCCAUGCUGGUGACCCAGGCUUUCCUGCCUUUGCUGAGGAAGGCGUCGCAGAAAAGCCCCCAGAAAGGGAUGAGCUGUAGCAAAGCUGCCAUUGUCAACAUGUCCAGUGAAGCUGGUUCCAUCACCAACCUCCUUGCGUGGGAAUAUGGACACGUCAUUAAUUACCGUUGCAGCAAGGCUGCUCUAAAUAUGCUUAGCCGGUGCCAGUCCCUGCGAUAUGCAGAAGAUAGAAUCCUAUGCAUUGCACUGCACCCUGGAUGGGUGCAGACGGACAUGGGAAACACAGAGGGACUGGCCCCACUGACAGUGGAGGAAAGCGUGCAAGGCAUCCUGAAAGCCCUCAGCCAUCUCACUGAGAAAGACACUGGCACUUUUGUGAACUGGGAAGGGGCACCUGUGCCUUGGUGAGACCCUCCAUCCCCCACCUUGCAGGGGAAACAUCUUGCAUGCAAGGAAAAUAUGGGAAGCAAAUGUGUGAUUUCCUUUGCUUUUGUCUGCAAUAAAUUUACCAUAACU